AGAGAAUGGCUUAUGGAGGGCUAUGGAACGGAAAAGGCCCAUACUCUACCCUCUCUGACUUCGCUCUACAUUGCAGCAUGCAUCUUGGUAUAUACUGCCCUGAAGCUAUAGGUAGGUGUCGCACACGGUGACGCACCCUGAGGACACGCCCAGUGCAUGUACUACUUUGAGUGUGCGAACUCUCUGGAUUUCAAGCUGUCCAUCAUUACAUUCA